CCCGGUGUCUGUGUUUCUCUCUCUGGUCGGAGGCGGCGGUAAUGGCGGAUGGUGGGUUGUGGCGCCGGCGGCGGCUGCUGUGAGGGACGAUGAGUUCCUCCUUCGUGCCGAACGGGGCCAGCCUGGAAGAUUGUCACUGUAACCUCUUCUGCCUGGCUGACUUGACGGGAAUUAAAUGGAAAAGAUAUGUAUGGCAAGGCCCAACUUCUGCUCCUAUUCUGUUUCCGGUGACAGAGGAAGACCCCAUUUUAAGCAGUUUUAGUCGCUGCCUAAAGGCAGAUGUACUUGGUGUUUGGCGCAGGGAUCAAAGACCUGGAAGAAGAGAGUUGUGGAUAUUUUGGUGGGGUGAAGACCCCAAUUUUGCUGACCUUAUUCACCAUGACUUAUCAGAAGAGGAAGAUGGAGUUUGGGAGAAUGGACUUUCUUAUGAGUGCCGUACUCUGCUUUUCAAAGCAGUUCACAAUCUGUUGGAACGGUGUUUGAUGAACCGGAACUUUGUACGUAUUGGCAAGUGGUUUGUAAAGCCUUACGAAAAAGAUGAAAAACCAAUAAAUAAAAGUGAACACUUGUCCUGCUCUUUCACCUUUUUCUUGCAUGGAGACAGCAAUGUUUGUACCAGUGUGGAAAUUAACCAACAUCAACCUGUGUACCUUCUUAGUGAAGAGCAUAUCACCCUUGCUCAGCAGUCUAAUAGCCCAUUUCAAGUUAUCUUAAGCCCAUUUGGACUAAAUGGCACUCUCACAGGACAGGCAUUCAAGAUGUCUGAUUCAGCUACAAAAAAAUUAAUUGGUGAAUGGAAACAAUUUUAUCCUAUCUCAUCUUGCUUGAAGGAGAUGUCUGAAGAAAAACAGGAAGAUAUGGAUUGGGAAGAUGAUUCCUUAGCUGCAGUAGAAGUUCUUGUUGCUGGUGUCCGAAUGAUCUAUCCAGCAAGCUUUGUUCUAGUCCCUCAGUCGGACAUUCCUACUCCAAGCUCUGUGGGAUCCUCUCACUGUUCAGCUUCUUGCUUGGGUGUCCACCAAGUGCCUGCUUCCACAAGAGAUCCUGCUAUGUCUUCAGUUACUCUUACACCACCUACAUCUCCUGAGGAAGUCCAGACAGUUGAUCCUCAGUCUGCCCAGAAGUGGGUCAAAUUUUCUUCAGUAUCUGAUGGCUUCAACUCGGACAGUACUAGCCACCAUGGUGGGAAAAUACCCAGAAAAUUAGCUAAUCAUGUGGUGGAUAGAGUUUGGCAAGAAUGCAAUAUGAACAGAGCACAGAACAAGAGGAAGUAUUCAGCUUCAUCAGGUGGUCUGUGUGAAGAAGAGACAGCUGAUAAAGUGGCAUCCUGGGAUUUUGUUGAAGCCACACAAAGAACAAAUUGCUGCUGUUCAAGGCACAAAAAUCUUAAACCAAGAAAUCCUGGACAGCAAGGACAGGCAUUAUCUUUAAGUCAGCAACAACAAGUACUUCCUAAGCACAAGACCAAUGAAAAGCAGGAAAAGAGUGAAAAACCACAGAAACGCCCCCUGACUCCUUUUCAUCAUCGUGUAUCUAUUAGUGAUGAUGUUGUCAUGGACCCAGAUUCAGCCAGCCAAAGACUUGUGAUAUCUGCUCCAGACAGUCAAGUGAGAUUUUCAAACAUCCGAACUAAUGAUGUAGCAAAGACUCCUCAGAUACAUGGCACUGAAAUGGCAACUUCACCUCAACCACCCCCACUUAGUCCUCACCCAUGUGAUGUGGUUGAUGAAGGAGUGACUAAAACACCUUCAACUCCUCAGAGUCAGCAUUUCUAUCAAAUGCCAACACCGGAUCCCUUGGUUCCUUCUAAACCAAUGGAAGAUAGGAUAGACAGUUUAUCCCAGUCUUUCCCAGCUCAAUUCCAAGAAGCUGUAGAACCUACAAUAUAUGUUGGUACAGCAGUAAACUUGGAAGAAGAUGAAGCUAAUGUAGCCUGGAAGUAUUACAAGGUCCCAAAGAAAAAAGAUGUAGAGUUUUUACCACCUCAACUUCCAAGUGAUAAAUUCAAGGAUGAUCCAGUUGGACCUUUUGGACAGGAAAGUGUAACAUCAGUUACAGAGUUAAUGGUGCAAUGUAAGAAACGUUUAAAAGUUUCUGAUGAAUUAGUGCAGCGAUAUCAAAUUAAGAAUCAGUGUCUUUCAGCAAUAGCAUCUGAUGCAGAAAAAGAACCUAAAAUUGAUCCAUAUGCAUUUGUUGAAGGAGAUGAGGAAUUUCUUUUUCCUGAUAAGAAAGAUAGACAAAAUAGCGAGAGAGAAGCUGGGAAAAAACAAAAGGUAGAAGAUGGAUCAUCUAAUGUAACAGUGUUAUCACAUGAAGAAGAUGCUAUGUCAUUAUUUAGUCCCUCUAUCAAGCAAGAUGCUCUACGUCCUACUAGUCAUGCGCGUCCUCCAUCAACCAGUUUAAUUUAUGACUCAGACCUGGCUGUCUCAUAUACUGACCUUGAUAAUCUCUUCAAUUCUGAUGAAGAUGAACUAACACCUGGAUCUAAAAAAUUGGCGAAUGGAUCAGAUGAUAAAUCCAACUGCAAGGAAUCAAAGACAGGAAAUCUGGACCCAUUAUCCUGCAUAAGCACUGCAGAUCUUCAUAAAAUGUAUCCUACACCACCAUCAUUGGAACAACAUAUAAUGGGAUUUUCCCCAAUGAACAUGAAUAACAAAGAAUAUGGUAGUAUGGAUACAACACCUGGAGGAACUGUUCUAGAAGGAAAUAGUUCUAGUAUAGGAGCACAGUUCAAAAUUGAAGUUGAUGAAGGAUUCUGUAGCCCCAAACCUUCUGAAAUUAAGGAUUUUUCUUAUGUCUACAAGCCUGAAAAUUGUCAAGUUCUAGUGGGAUGUUCCAUGUUUGCACCUCUAAAAACUCUACCAAGCCAAUGUCUGCCUCCUAUCAAAUUGCCCGAAGAGUGUAUUUAUCGUCAGAGUUGGACUGUUGGAAAAUUGGAAUUGCUUCCUUCAGGGACCGCAAUGCCGUUCAUCAAAGAUGGUGACGGAAACACAAUGGAUCAAGAAUAUGGCCCUGCUUAUACACCUCAAACUCAUACUUCUUUUGGCAUGCCUCCUAGCAGCGCACCUCCUAGUAACAGUGGAGCAGGAAUUCUUCCUUCUCCGUCUACCCCUAGGUUUCCGACUCCAAGGACUCCAAGGACUCCAAGGACUCCUCGUGGAGCUGGUGGACCUGCUAGUGCCCAAGGUUCAGUCAAAUAUGAAAAUUCAGACUUGUAUUCACCAGCUUCCACCCCAUCCACAUGCAGACCCCUUAAUUCUGUUGAGCCUGCAACUGUUCCUUCCAUCCCUGAAGCACACAGUCUUUAUGUAAACCUCAUUCUUUCAGAAUCAGUUAUGAAUUUGUUUAAAGACUGUAACUUUGAUAGUUGCUGUAUUUGUGUCUGCAACAUGAAUAUCAAGGGUGCCGAUGUUGGAGUUUACAUUCCAGAUCCAACGCAAGAAGCACAGUAUAGGUGUACCUGUGGCUUCAGUGCUGUUAUGAACAGAAAAUUUGGAAACAAUUCAGGAUUAUUUCUUGAAGAUGAACUAGAUAUCAUAGGACGCAACACAGACUGUGGCAAAGAAGCAGAAAAACGUUUUGAAGCUCUCAGGGCCAAUUCUGCUGAACAUGUUAAUGGCGGACUAAAGGAAUCUGAAAAAUUGCCUGAUGAGUUGAUAUUAUUGCUACAGGAUCAAUGCACUAAUUUAUUUUCACCCUUUGGAGCAGCAGACCAAGAUCCUUUCCCCAAAAUUGGUGUAAUUAGCAAUUGGGUACGCGUUGAAGAGCGGGACUGUUGCAAUGACUGCUACCUUGCAUUAGAACAUGGGCGUCAGUUCAUGGAUAACAUGUCAGGAGGAAAAGUUGAUGAAGUGCUUGUGAAAAGUUCAUGCUUACACCCUUGGUCUAAAAGAAAUGAUGUGAGUAUGCAGUGCUCACAGGAUAUACUUCGAAUGCUCCUAUCUCUUCAGCCAGUUCUUCAGGAUGCUAUUCAGAAAAAAAGGACAGUGAGGCCUUGGGGUGUUCAAGGUCCUCUCACUUGGCAACAGUUUCAUAAAAUGGCUGGCCGAGGCUCUUACGGAACUGAUGAAUCUCCAGAACCACUGCCAAUCCCCACGUUUUUGUUGAGUUAUGAUUAUGAUUUUCUGGUGCUUUCUCCAUUUGCUCUCCCUUACUGGGAGAGACUUAUGCUGGAACCGUAUGGAUCUCAAAGAGAUAUAGCCUAUGUUGUACUAUGUCCAGAAAAUGAAGCCUUGUUAAAUGGAGCCAAAAGCUUUUUUAGAGAUCUUACUGCAAUAUAUGAGUCCUGUCGAUUAGGUCAACAUAGACCUAUUUCUCGACUGUUGACAGAUGGGAUCAUGAGAGUUGGAUCUACUGCAUCAAAGAAACUAUCAGAAAAGUUGGUUGCAGAAUGGUUUUCUCAGGCAGCUGAUGGUAACAAUGAAGCAUUUUCUAAACUCAAGCUUUAUGCACAAGUCUGCAGAUAUGACCUAGGUCCUUAUCUUGCUUCCCAGCCAUUGGACAGCUCUCUACUUUCCCAGCCAAAUUUAGUUGCCCCUACAAGUCAAUCUUUGAUUACUCCACCUCAGAUGACAAAUACUGGAAAUGCUAAUACUCCAUCUGCCACCCUAGCAUCUGCAGCGAGCAGCACUAUGACAGUGACGUCAGGUGUUACCAUGUCUUCUUCAGUUGCCACAGCUAAUUCAACUUUGACCACAACUUCAACUUCAUCUUCAUCAUCCUCCAACUUGAAUAGUGGAGUAUCAUCAAAUAAACUACCUUCAUUUCCACCCUUUGGCAGUAUGAACAGUAGUGCUGCAGGAUCCAUGUCUGCGCAAGCCAGUACAGUUCAGAAUGGCCAGCUAGGAGGGCAACAGUCAUCAGCUCUACAAACAGCUGGGAUUUCUGGAGAGUCAUCUUCUCUACCCACUCAGCCACAUCCCGAUGUAUCUGAAAGCACGAUGGAUCGGGAUAAAGUGGGUAUCCCCACAGAUGGUGACUCACAUGCAAUCACUUAUCCACCUGCUAUUGUUGUUUAUAUAAUUGAUCCUUUUACAUAUGAAAAUAAAGAUGAGAGCACUAAUUCUUCUAAUGUAUGGACUCUGGGGCUACUUCGAUGCUUUCUGGAAAUGGUCCAAACUCUUCCUCCUCAUAUUAAGAGUACUGUUUCUGUACAGAUUGUUCCUUGUCAGUACCUGUUGCAACCUGUGAAGCACGAAGAUAGACAAAUCUAUACACAGCAUUUAAAAUCACUGGCUUUUUCGGCCUUUACCCAGUGUCGGAGACCCCUUCCAACAUCAACCAAUGUGAAAACAUUGACUGGGUUUGGUCCAGGUUUAGCCAUGGAAACUGCUCUUAAAAGUCCUGAUAGACCAGAGUGUAUUCGACUUUAUACACCUCCUUUUAUUCUGGCUCCAGUGAAGGAUAAACAGACAGAGCUAGGAGAAACAUUUGGAGAAGCUGGACAGAAAUAUAAUGUUCUUUUCGUGGGGUACUGUUUAUCGCAUGAUCAAAGAUGGAUUCUUGCUUCUUGCACAGAUCUAUAUGGAGAAGUUUUAGAAACUUGUAUCAUUAACAUUGAUGUCCCAAAUAGGGCUCGCAGAAAAAAAGGAUCUGCUAGAAGAUUUGGUCUACAGAAACUUUGGGAAUGGUGCUUAGGACUUGUACAAAUGAGUUCAUUACCAUGGAGAGUUGUAAUUGGCCGUUUAGGAAGGAUUGGUCAUGGAGAAUUGAAAGAUUGGAGCUGUUUGCUGAGUCGUCGAAACUUGCAGUCUCUAAGUAAAAGGCUGAAAGACAUGUGUAGAAUGUGUGGUAUAUCUGCUGCAGACUCUCCCAGCAUUCUCAGUGCUUGCUUGGUAGCAAUGGAACCCCAAGGCUCUUUUGUUAUUAUGCCAGAUUCGGUGUCAACUGGUUCUGUAUUUGGAAGAAGCACCACUCUAAACAUGCAGACAUCUCAGCUAAAUACCCCACAGGAUACAUCAUGUACUCAUAUACUUGUGUUCCCUACUUCUGCUUCUGUGCAAGUAGCUUCAGCUACUUAUACAACUGAAAAUUUGGACUUAGCUUUCAAUCCCAACAAUGCAGAUGGAAUGGGUCUCUUUGAUUUGCUAGACACAGCAGAUGAUCUUGACCCUGAUAUCAUUAAUAAUCUUCAUGCAUCUCCAACGGGGUCUCCUGUACAUUCUCCAGGAUCUCAUUAUCCCCAUGGAGGUGAUGCUGGCAAGGGUCAGAGUACUGAUCGACUACUUUCAACAGAGUCUCAUGAUGAAGUAACUAAUAUUCUUCAGCAACCAUUGGCCCUUGGUUACUUUGUAUCAACUGCCAAAGCAGGUCCAUUACCUGACUGGUUCUGGUCAGCAUGUCCUCAAGCACAAUAUCAGUGUCCCCUUUUUCUUAAGGCCUCUUUGCACCUCCACGUGCCUUCAGUGCAAUCUGACGAGCUGCUUCACAGUAAACACUCCCACCCACUUGACUCCAAUCAGACUUCAGAUGUCCUCAGGUUUGUUUUGGAACAGUACAAUGCACUCUCCUGGCUAACCUGUGACCCUGCAAUCCAGGACAGACGCUCGUGUCUCCCGAUUCAUUUUGUGGUGCUGAAUCAGUUAUAUAACUUUAUCAUGAAUAUGCUGUGAUCUACAUUUGAUGGAAUUGUGCAAGAAAAGAACAAGGAAAAAAGACAUUCGCUGCAAGAUUAAGUUACAGUUAUCUUCUCAGUGAAAGUAAUUUGUGAUGGGGUCUAAUUCUUAUUACUUCAACAAAUAUUGUUUUGACUUGGGGGGAGGGGCUAUAACUCUGCUAUUUUUCAUUGACUAUACUGAACUCUUUAGGAUGAUGACUGAUCAUACAAAACGUAUUAUAACAUUUUCUUAGCAAAAUUAACCUUUUUUUUUCCAGUCACAGUAUUUGUGAAAAGUAAUGAGCCAUAGUACCCAGUCAUGUUAAAUGAAUAUUAAAAGCAUGGAGAGGAAAUGAGGAACAAUGAAUUUCAACAUAUGGUUUCAGAACAUCAAGAUGUUCUUGUAUUGGAGUAUAGUAUCUAGUAUUCAAAAUGCCUGCAUCUCUUAUUUAUUCUUUCCCCAUCUUGUUUGCACAUGCCAAGAUAACUGCGUUUAUGCAGGCUUUACCCCCUUGAAAGAUCCUUCCUACAGUGCUGCUCACAAGAGAGUCCAAGUUAGCCUCCUACCUGUGUUGCUGACUUGAAUUCACAGUCGCCAAGUCUACCUAUCUUUCUUGGAAAAAAUCUAACAAAAUUCCACAUUUGUAAGUUCACUAAUUCUUUACAAGGACAAAAUCAAUUGUAUUUACAAAGCAGUAAUUCAGUAUGUUUUAUUUUAUUUUAUUUUUUACUGAAACAUGUUUUGUAAAUACUAUAUGCUUAGCUUAAAUAUCACUUUCUUAUGAACAAUAUAACUUCUUCAAAUUGUGUAUAUUAAAAUAUUAACAAGUCUUUUUUUCUAUAAAGAAAACAUAGUUGAUGACAAAGAUUUAUCAAUCAUUCAAAAUUAUGCAAUCCCAAUGGUCAGCGUAUUUUGAAAUUAAAAUUUAAAGAUCACAUCUCUGCAUUUAUUUUUAAAUUUUGCUAACACUAAGGAUUAUGUUGGCAUGUUUUAUUCUGUACUUAUUUGAAAAAAACUUGUCUGAGAUUUGAAGGAAAAGAUUCUUAUUUGCAAUUUCUAUAAAAAGUAUCCUUUUUUAUAUACUUAGCACAAUAGUGACUUUUAAAAUUAAAAGCUAUAUUCUCAGUUGUUUAAAAUCACUAGCCUUUAGUAACCACACCUCAGUUUGAAAAUAGAUUUUUAAAAAAUUAUUCCCUGACAGUUUCUUUUAUAUGGAGCCAUAAGGAAUGAACCCAGUAUAUAAUUCCUUUUUAUCUGGGAAUCAGGGAGUAGUUCCUAAAUAUACAGGAUUUACUGAUAAGAUUUUUUUUCUUCCUUUCAUAUAUAAGUUCACACUCAAAUAGAAAAUUAUUUAAUAGCCAUUAGAGAAGGUCAGGAGACUUAUUUCAGAAAAAAAGGCCUUUUAUGCAGGAUGAUGGAUCUGACUUACUAAUGUACUGUCACAGACAAGUAUGGGUAGUUUGUUUUGUUUAAAUAUGUAAGCAAAAUAAUAUACUUUAUACCAGUUGAUCACCAACACCUUGACUUCUUUGUUACAGUGCUAAUAUCUGUUUCUUUGUGCAGUUUUCCAUUACAAAGCAGAGUGGAAGUUCAGUGUUUUGGCAUUGAAAAAGAUUACUUACGUAAUGUCUGCUUCCAGCCAGUGAGAAACAUCCAGCCAUACCUUUCUUAUGCAAGCCAUCCAGUUAUCAGGACUGUGAAUUAACACUGUAUGAAUAGGUUUCUGUACACCUUAUUGUUUGGCCAGAAGGCCACCAAGUGUACUUAUAUGUAAUCCUUAAAUUUUAAAGUAGUUGUAAUUUUUAAUCUUUCUAAACCUUUCUUAAACCACUAAAAUUAAGCUCUUACUACUUAGUCAACUAUCCUCAGCUGUAUUCGUACUCAAUUGUCAGUAUGGCACAGAUUACUGUAUUAAAAUAUUCUUUUCGUCUUCAUAUUUACCUUCUGAGGUAAUUUUUUUUAACUAAAUGUGUUACUACGAAGAUUUGCAGAUCUUUAAUCAAGCACUAUGUUAAUACUGUAAUAUCAAAAUACUAUGUUGCAUUAUUUAAAAUGUUCAAAUUGAAUACAUUAAAAGGAAGUUUUUAAA